UGCCUCCGACACCAAGAUGGUCCGCUUCCUCAGACACACUUCAAACUCCUCUAUCAUGAAGAACAUUUUCCAUGAAUCCUUCAAUGCCUACAAGACGGACAUUGAACCUCGUCUCAACGACGUAACGCUCCACCACAUGCAGUGCAGCCGCCGACUCUUUGAGAUUCAAUUGUCACAUAGACGCAUCAGCGCCGCCUACAUAGAGGGAGAAAACGUUGCCGUCAUCGUGGAGGGUGAGGCUGCACGCGUCCUCAACUUUGACACAGGGUUCGGGGUUAAUCUUGGCAUGCGAGGCCUUGAGUCAGUGGGGACCUUCAUUCACCGGACAGCCACUGCUGUGGACCAGAACGAUAUUUUAGAGGCCCUGUCAGCUAAGAUGCAGCACUCCAAACAGUUGGCAGAGACCUUCAAGCAGAUAGGUCUGGCUGAGUCAAUGUAUGAAUGAAGAAGCAGAAUCUCCUGCAAUGUACUAAGUGCAACCCAGUGGACAGAGGUGGAUCAUAACGUGAAGAAUAGGUCCUGCUGCCUAAACAGCAUUUUUAAUAAUUUUAUAUCAUAUUGAGGAUAAAGACAGGGAUCAGAUGAAUAAUUAAUCAAAUCAAUUUCUUUUUUCUGAUAUACAGUGAUUGAACUCAACAUGCAAUGGAAGUGAUAAUAAUAAGAAAUGUUACAAUUAUAUUCAGGAAACUAAAGACAAUCAAAUAGCUGUAACAAGACAAAAUAAUUUCUGAGGUCUGAGAAAAGGUGUUCAGCUCUAACAUAGUUUGAAUUAACUAAACUACAUGACUGAACUAUUUUCCUCAAUCUUUUCCUCCUUUAAUUAGACAAUCCAUUGACUUGAUUUCUGAUUGAUUGCCAGUUGUGUGUUAUAGAGGGCCAGAAGUGCUACUGGACAGACUGCGUCAAAGCAUCUGUAGCUCAGAGUGAGAAAUGUUAGGGCUAUAAUUAACAAUGAUUUCUAAAAAAAAAAAAAAAACAUUUGCCAGAUCAGAUGAUAUAAGGCAGCAGCUGUUCCGCACAGCGUUUCCAUUGCCUCUUUUGUAUUUGUAUCUUUGACUGCUCAUAAGGUGAUAACAAUGGUGAUAAAGGUUUUUAGCAUUCUUUUCCCAUAAUGUCUUGUACAUUUUUUUAUAUGCACAAAGAAACACAACGAUUUUGUGUGUUUUUUUAUAUAUAUAUAUAUGAAGUGAGAAGUCUCAGUGAUGAUGAUGUAGUUGAAGUGACAAUAAAACUGAUGAUAAUCGCAUUCAAUAAGAGCUGACUAAGUGCUGUUCCCUUUGAUCUGUUCUAUCCUUGAAAUAGAGAUCAGAUGGAUCUAAGGUAUAACCAUGCAUUGUUGAGGUAUAAUAUUAUGAUCACCUGCCUAAUAGUGUCCUAUUUUUGCUGCCAAAACAGGAACCAAAACAUUAAGGCAUAGACUCCACUGUACCCCUGAAGGUGCAUUGCAUUAUUUGGCACCAAGAUGUUAGCUGUAGAUCCUUUAAGUCCUGCAAGUUGUGAGGUGGAGAAUCUAUGGAUGUAACCUGUUUAGCACAUCCCAGAUAUGCUCAAUUGUAUUGAUUUCUGGGAAAUUUGUAGGCCAAGUCAGCACUUAAAUCAGAUUCUUGUGCUCCUUGGAUCAUUCCUGAACCAUUUUUGCUUUUUGGCAGGGCUUAUUAACUGCCAAAAGGUGGCAACAGGCAUGAGGGAAUACCAUAUCCAUGAGAAGGUAUACUUGGUAUGCAGCAAUGCUAAUGUAGGGGGUACCUGUCAAAGGGCCCAGGAUAUCUGUGGAUCGUGUUGUAUGAUGUGAAAGGACAAAGUGAUCCAUCAUGAAUGGCUCAUGCUUGUGUAUUCAUUGUACUACUUUGAUCUAAAAGAAGCGCUAGAAUACAAGGACACACUCAAAAGGAAACUACAAAAUCUUGUAAAGAAUGAAAAACUCAGAUUAGAUGUCAUUUAUCAAAGUAAAAACAAAUUAAACUUGACUGAUCUGUGUAUGAAUAUUUGAAAGUGUGAAUGUGCCUAAAGUGUAAAGUUCUUUAAAUGGCCAGUAUGACUAGAAAAGUGCAAUAUAAAAAUCAGUUCAUUCACCAUUUAAAGUAAAUAAAUACAUGUUGUUAUCUAAGGGAAACUGAUGUGCUCAUGCUGUUUUCUCUUCAACAUUUUUACAAAACACUGUGUGGUCUUAUUUGGGGCCUGUGAGGUGUACCUUGUAUAUUAGCACUACUGUCAUCUAGUGGUGCAAUUGUCAUGUUGCAUCUGUUCAGUCUGCAAAUAUCAUAUUAAAAUACAAAAUAAUGUG